CUCCGUUUCGUACAAUUAGAACUUCUCGGGUUCGAAGUGAACGAUUGAAUUCCUGAUUGUUGUGCUGAAAGCAGGCCCGGGGGCGGUCUUUUGAAUCGGACAGGAACCGCGGAUGCUCAGCUAAUAUGGAGGGGGAGCAAAACAAGCAAGAUAAUUCGAAAGACAUCAUCCUCGGCCGGAAAAUCCUCAUUGCACUUUCGCAAAGAAAAUCCACGAGCGUUCCGUUCCCCAAUCUUCUGGACCUCCACCGGAAAGCGUACGCGAUUCACGGAGAGCCUAAUUCCGGCAAAAGUUUACUCGCUCAGGAUUCAUGCAUUUCCGUCCUGAUGCGGGGGCGUGAUGUCGUAUACGUCGACAGUGACUACCGCUUCAACGUUCUGGGACUUCUCGAUCGGAUAAAAGAUGUUUGCAAAUCGCGGAACUUGCCAUCAACGCACUUUAAAUCCGCCUGCCGAAAUAUGAUCGUGCAAAAGUGCGGCACGUCUACCGAGCUCCAAUCGUUCCUCAGUUUCAAACUGCGGGAGUUGGUCAGAACUUCCGAUGUGGGACUGGUCGUCGUCGACAGUCUGACGAGUUUUUUCUGGCACGACCGUUACGCAAGAUCGGGAUGGAAAGCUUUUUACGACUCGUUAUGGUCAGAUCUGGAGGCAUUGAGGCUCGAGUACGGAUUCACUUCGAUGGUGACAAUUCAGAACCUCUACAGUGAGCAGAAAACUCCCCACAACUUUCUCCAUUGUCCCAAAGUUCCAGUAGAGAGCAUCCGAAUACGGAAACACUUAGAAAAUAAGUUCCAACUGGUGUUAGAAUCCAACGAAAAAAUCGAGUGUGAGAUGCACGACGGUACUUUAGUGAGGACCGAUCGUUUGACGUCGACGAGCUCGUAG